AUGGAAGGAGAAACAAUCACCAAAAAAGCCGCCCUGAGCCUACGCGGAAAGUUGGAAGGUCACAACGGUGCCAUCACUCAAUUGGCCACCUCCCCAUCCAACGCCAACACCCUUAUUUCAUCUUCCCGUGGUAUGUUUUUGCGAUUUUUUGUUGGGUUUUAGGAUAAGAACGAUUUGGAGUUAAUGAAUGGCCCAAAUUCAUAUUUUUGAUAUUCACCAUGAUGUAGAAAAAUUUCGUCGAAUAUUAGCCGAGAUUUGUCUUUACGGACAUGCUGGAAUCUAAUUCCUUUCUUUUCAGACAAGUCCGUGCUCGUUUGGGACCUUCAUUCCUUUGGAGAUGAGAUCACCGGAGGCCGUCCUCUGAAAUCUCUCCUCGGUCACGGUCACUUUGUUUCCGAUGUUGCCCUCUCCCACGAUGGACACUUUGCCCUUACCGGAUCAUGGGACAGAACUCUCCGUCUUUGGGAUUUGAACACGUAAGUUUUUUGUUUGAGAUUUCUUUGAGUUUAGGGUAGUGUAAGGUCUAAAUUAUCUGAUUUUUGGCGAAGUUUUGGCUGAAAUGGAUUCUGUUGAGUAUUUUUCAGCGGAAAGACUUCCCGUCAGUUCAUUGCCCACACCAAGGACGUCCUCUCCGUCGCUUUUUCCGCCGAUAACCGUCAGAUCGUUUCCGGAGGCCGUGACCGCACCAUCCGUCUGUGGAACACCCUCGCCCAGUGCAAGCUCACCCUCUCCGAGAAGGACGAUGGCCACAGCCACUGGGUGUCGUCUGUGCGUUUCGCCUCCACCUCCCCAAGCCCGUCCAUCGUGUCGGCCGGUUGGGAUAAGGUUGUGAAGGUGUGGAACCUGUCCAACUGCCGUCUGAAGACCAACCACAUUGGCCACACCGGGUUCAUCAACGCCACCACCGUCUCUCCCGACGGUUCCCUGUGCGCGUCCGGCGGAAAGGACGGCGUCGCCAACUUGUGGGACCUCACCGAGAACAAGCACUUGUACCAGUUGGACGCCCAAGACACCAUCAACGCCCUCACCUUCUCCCCCAACAGAUACUGGCUCUGUGCCGCCGUCGGCUCCACCAUCCGAAUCUGGGACUUGGAGCACCGUUCCACCCUCGACGAACUCAAAUUGGACGUCUCCGGAAGCGCCGCCCCUCAAUGCACAUCGCUCGCCUGGUCGCAGGACGGAAACACCCUCUUCGCCGGCUACUCCGACAACACCAUCAGAAUCUGGGGAGUCGCCGACUGGAUCAAGGAAGAUGGAAUUUAA